GGUUUUUUUCUGAGAACUUUCAGUCUGUAAUCAUGCAACCAUUUACAACAUAUAAAGAUUGUAUUCACAGCCAGAUAUAUUUCGCUUAGAAAAUGAAGGCAAAGGCGCAGCGCAAGGGCAAAGUGAAAGCUGGAAAGCAAACACACAAGGAUAAACUUCAGAAAUUCAGGGAUUCAGUUACUAACUUCGUGAAGAGCAAAGGCGUCUCCGGUGAAAAUGACAGCGACCAAAGAGGGUUGUUCGUAAGGAGGAAGAGUAGAAAAGAGCUGCGCAAAGAGAAACGUAAAUUAAAGAAAGCCAAAAAGAAAAGUCACCACACGGGUCAGUAACUGCAGAACCCCAGAGAGGAGCUUGCUCCAAAAACUCCUGCGGAGAAGGAGGAGAACACACAGAAACUAGCCCCGAAGACGACUGGAAGUCUUAAAAAUGCCGCUCAGCAACAGCAGAAGGCAAAUAAAGACAGUUUUAAUACUAAAGACAAUAAAGAAGAGACGACAAAAAGAAAGGUCCACUUCUCCGAAGAUCUGGCAAAACAGAGAAAUAAAUCUAGUCUGAACCAGAGCAGAAAGCAAGCUCUAUUAGAGGCGAAUAUCGAAGAGGACAAAGAAAUAAAGAGACUAGAGAAACGCCUUGGGCUCAAUAAAAGAAAGAACAAAAAGAGUAUACCUCCUCAGUCAUUCACCGACGAUGGACUCGAUUACAUUUUAGGGAUUCUUGAGCCUGGAGCAUCUGCAACGGGCCUGUAUGAGAGUGAUGAAGAGAUGGACAUUGACAAAGCUAAAGAUGACUUCGAGGAGCUGGACGAGGACAGCGAUGGGCAAAUGACAGACGAUGAGAACAAGGAUGACGGUGACAGUGAUGAAGAGGAAGGAGACAAAGAGGAUGAUGCACAGAUGGAAGAAGAGGAGGAUGUAGAAGAUGACAAACAGCUAGAAGAUGAGGUGGAAGGAGAUGAAGAAGAGGAGGAUACAGAUGCAUCAGAGGAAAAUGAUGAUGGGGAGGACAUCGACUCUGAACAAAAAACACCUGAAAGCCAGGAGCCCAAUCCUGCCACAGCAGGCAAGUAUGUUCCCCCUCACUUACGAGAAACCAUGGACAGCAAACGCAAAGCCGAGCUGGAGAAACUGAAGCGCACUGUGAAAGGUCUGAUAAACAGGUUGAGUCAGCACAACGUGGCAUCCAUCAGCAGUCAGUUGGAAGAGCUGUACAUGAGCUCCAGCAGGAAGGACAUGAACGAAACCCUCACUGACAUUCUGCUGGCUGCCUGCGUCACACCUGCUCUCAUGCCUGAAAGGCUUCUAAUGGAGCACAUCCUUCUUGUCAGUGUCCUUCACCAUAGUGUUGGCCUGGAGGUUGGAGCUCAAUUUCUGGAGACUGUAGUCCGUCAGUUUGAUAAAACCUACAGUCAGCUUGCUGCUACAGACAAAGAAUGUGGCAACUUGGUGUCCAUAAUUGCCCACCUCUACAACUUCCAUGUGGUCCAUGCUCUCCUGGUGUUUGACAUUCUGAAGAAACUGGUGACACGUUUCAGCGCAAAGGAUGUAGAACUGGUUCUGCUGGUGCUGAAGAACGUCGGGUUCGCUCUGAGAAAGGACGAUCCUCUAGCUCUUAAGGAGCUGAUCUCCGAGGCUCAGCAGAAAGCCAACGCUGAAGGAGAGUGUUUUCAAGACCAAACAAGGAUUCGGUUUAUGUUGGAGACUAUGCUGGCGCUGAAGAACAAUGACAUGCGGAAGAUUCCAGGUUAUGACCCUGAACCUGUGGAGAAGUUAAGAAAACUGCAGAGGACUUUGAUUCACAGCAGUGCCGGUGGAAGUGACAUGAAGUUGAGAGUCUCACUAGACAGUCUUCUGGAAGCUGAGUGUGUUGGUCGUUGGUGGAUUGUAGGAUCUUCCUGGAGUGGAGCACCCAUGAUCAACGACCAUGGAAACAAGACAACUACCCCAUCCUCCAAAGGGGAACAAAACAGUGCAAAGAUGUUGGAGCUUACACACAAACAAAGAAUGAACACUGACAUCAGGAGGAACAUUUUCUGUGUGCUUAUGUCAAGUGAAGACUAUUUAGAUGCCUUUGAGAAACUUUUAAGGUUAGGAUUGAAAGACCAAAAAGAGCAGGAAAUUGUUCAUGUUCUGAUGGACUGCUGCUUGCAAGAGAAAAUGUUCAAUAGAUUCUAUGCAGUCCUGGCAGAGAAAUUUUGCUCACAUGACCGGCGGUUCCAGAUGACUUUUCAGUUUAGUCUGCGGGACAAGUUCAAAGACCUGACAAACCUUUCCAGUCAGCCCUUCAGUAACCUGGUCCAGCUGGUCACUCAUCUUCUUCACAGGAAGUGUCUCUCUCUUUCCAUUCUUAAGGCUAUUGAAUUUGGGGAGCUGGAUAAGCCCAAAGUCAAAUUCUUGAAGCAGGUUCUCUCAAAACUCCUAAAAGAAACCGAGCCAGAAGAUCUUGUGAAUAUAUUUGGCAGGAUCUCUGGAAUCCCCAAGCUGGGAAUGCUUCGGGAAGGCUUGAAGCUUUUCAUCAGUCACUUUCUGCUCCGGAACAUCCAGACAGAAGAAACCGAGCAAGCCAAGGUACUCAAGGGUAGAGCUGAGGUCGCCACCAAAGCCAUGGAGGCCCGGGAUGCCAAAAUGAAGCUAUAGAGCUCUUGCACACAGAAAUGUGUACAUAAUGCAUCAGACUCAAAAAGUGUGAAUUACCACAAGGGACAGUGUUUAAUCUGUAUGCACACUUUACGACAUGUGCAGAUCACUGACAUGUUACUGCAUUUUUGUAUUAAUUCUUGCAUUCUGUACAAAAAUAAAACGCAAAAUGUGUAAAGUA